UGCAAGGUUGGAAAGAACAGUCUUGCUCUUUCACUGUCUGGCCUGUCUUCAAGAGCACUGCCAGCUGCCUGUGGACUCAGCAAGCUCUCUCAGAAGUUGAAAGCCAACCUAGCAGAGAGGCCUGUGCACAGCACCAUGCCUAUGACACUGGGAUACUGGGACAUCCGCGGGCUGGCUCACCCCAUCCGCCUGCUCCUGGAAUACACAGACUCAAGCUAUGAGGAGAAGAGAUACACCAUGGGGGACGGGGCUGCCCAUUCUUCAGACUUCUGUGAGGGUGCAUUUUGGUCUUCCAAGACAAGACUCUGGGAGUGGAGAGCUGGCUCCUCUUUUCUUUGUGAUUUCGCUCCGGACUAUGACAGAAGCCAGUGGCUGAGUGAGAAAUUCAAGCUGAGCCUGGACUUUCCCAAUCUGCCCUACUUAAUCGAUGGAGUUCAGAAGAUCACCCAAAGCAACGCCAUCCUGCGCUACAUUGCCCGCAAGCAUAACCUGUGUGGGGAGACAGAAGAGGAGAAGACUCGUGUGGACAUUUUGGAGAACCAGGCUUUGGACACUCGCAUGCAGCUUGCCAUGGUCUGCUACAGCCCUGACUUUGAGAAAAGGAAGCCUGAGUACUUGGAGACCCUGCCUGAGAAGAUGAAGCUCUACUCACAGUUCCUGGGGAAGCACCCAUGGUUUGCAGGGGACAAGAUCACCUUUGUGGAUUUCAUCGCUUAUGAUGUCCUUGACCUACACCGUCUGUUUGAACCCAAGUGCCUUGAUGCAUUCCCAAAC